CGUAAAUAAAUAAAUUUUAAUAUCUGAAAUAACUAUAUAUAUUUAUAUAUGUAAUUAUAUUUAUAUUAGUACAAUAUGUUAAUAAUAAGAAAAAGCCAUAGUGUUGAAAUGAAAUAUAUAUACUGAUCCCUUUUUUCCUACACCAUUGGAUUCAGGUAGUCAGAUUGACCCAACCUUCCAGGCAUAUGAAUACCAAUAGGUGUAAGAUGGUAGAAUUAAACAGGAAAUUAAUAUAAUCGGUUUGAAACGUAAAAAUAUAGUUAAAAGUAUUAUACAAUUAUUAUAAUCUAUAUUUAUAUAUAAUGUGUACAAAAUUUUUUUGACAAUAUUUUGGUGAAAUAAAUGUAUAUACAUACUUGAAUAUAGUAAAUUUUGCAUAAAAAUGAAUGAUGCAGAGAGUAAAACAUUAUUAUUGAAACCUGAUCAAACAAGCCAUUUAGAAAAUACAAAGCAAGAUGAUAAUGAACACAAUUGGUGGGCAAGUGACAGUGGAUCAAGUACAGGUUCAUAUUAUUCUGACAGUGACAGCUCUAUAAUUGAAUGGGAGUCAGAAAUUGGACCAAAUGGGGAAGUAUUCUAUAUAGAAUCUCCAGUAGAAACUUUAUCAAGCAGUUUAACAUUUUGCGACGAUUCAAGAAAAAGUCCACAACCAGAAUUAACACGGAGGCGUAGUACUAGAGCAGGUAAACUUAUGCGUCUAUUAAGACGUAAGGAUAGUAAAAGAUGGAGUACAAGAAAUAAGAAAGGUAAUACUAAUUUAGUUGGUAGUAAUAGAGGAAGUCAAGAAAAGGAAGGAAAUGGAAAUAAAGAAGUUACUUUUAGAGAUUUUCAGGCAGGUGAAAUUCGUGAAGUUACUUUGUGGGUUGAUCCUGAGAAAAGACAUAAAUUAGGGAGAAGAGCCACAUUGUGUGAAGCAUAUUUUGGUAUAACACCAGGUACUUUUUCAGAUAAAGUUAGAGUUAUGGUUGCUGGGUUUAUACCAGAUGGUGAAGCAAUGAAAAAUAAAAAUAUUAAAAUUGGAGAUUGGUUAAAGAGCAUAAAUUCAAAUAAUGUUACAUUUCAAAACUUGGAUUAUGUAUUAUCUGAGAUAACUACUCCAACAAAUGUGACAUUAGAACUCCAAAGAGUAGCAGGGAUUGAUGUUACAGCAAAAGUGCCUGGAAUGAAUACAAUCAAACAAUCAACAUUAGUGCAAAAUAUUGUUAACAAAGGAGAAAGUGUAAACUUAAUGGAAAGUUUAUUAAUUUAUCCGCUUGGUAUAAUAUAUCUAUGUACUACAGAUCUUUCAGAAACAGGUCAAGAAUUACAGGAUGUAUUAUACUCCUUUCCAAGAUCUGAUAAUGUACAUUCUACUUUAUGUUCAGCAAGAGGUGCCUUUAUAACAUUAAAUCAUUUGUUACCAGAAAUAGUAGGUGCACAACCGAUCAGUACAACUGUACAUAUAGCAGGAGAAGAAAUGCACAUUGUAUAUACACCUUGUAAUGAAGAAUUAUUAUUGAUUGCAUUGCCAGAGAAAUGUUGUAGUCUUGAAGAAGUUAGUAUGUUAUCUGCAGAUAUUGUCAAGACUUUAGAAUUUACCUAUCAAUCAUUAACAAAAUGUUUUACAAAUCAAGAGAACUACGAUAGCAUAGAUCAUUUUUUCUUAUUAAUUAUACAAAGAUUAUUAGAUAUAAAAAAUUCUGAAGAUAAUACUAACAGUUCAAAGAACGAAAUAGACUUACAAUGUUCUACAAGGAAUCUUGAGAAUUAUAAGUUCAAAAGUAGUUUUUCAGUUGCACAUUUUGUUCAUUUGCCAAGAGAUGCUCAAAUACAAAUUGAUGCUGCAUUAAAUGAAAUGGAAGCUAUGGAUUAUAGAGACUGGAAUGAAGAUCCUAUGGAUUGUCAAAGACUGUAUACAAUACUUGGCAGUUGCAUAUAUCAUAAAUGUUAUCUCCUAGGAUCUCAUUUACCUCAUGAAGAUUUAAUUGAAAUACAUGCAUUUUUACGACAAAAUGGCUUGCUGAAUUUGGUUAAUACAGAACCUGUGAAAUCUCUUGUCAUAUGGAAAAGAGUUUAUCCUUUAUCCUGUAAUCGAGGAAAUAUUGAGACACAUAGUUCUAAUCAACCAUUGGUUCCAAAUGGAAAAUGGUUUUUACUUAUUGUCGGCUAUGAACAUGAUUUAUUAGCAGUUCUUUUAGAAUCUGGCGGUUGUACUGCAAAGUACGACGACACAACCGGACCAGAUGUGUUUUAUGUGGAAGAAGCUCAAGAAACUCUUAAACAUAUACAGAAAAUAGGAAUAACAACAUUAGCUGCAAAAUGGAUUACAUCUAAUGCCAGACCAGAAGUAAUUCCUUAUGAAGAUAGCAUGUUAUCAAAACAAUCAUCCAGCAUAACAGAAAAUUUGUUAGGCUUUAUAAAAUCAUCGGAUGUACAAAGUGCAAUACCUAAGCCAAAUCUUAAUACUUCUGCUAAUAAAAAGACGCAAGAACUGGCUUCAAUUUUAAAAAAGCGUAAUUUAGAAGAAAGCCCAACAGUUUUAGGAUCAGUAUAUUCUCUGCAAACGUCAGAAGAUUCAUUAAGUCAAGGAACUGGUGCAAUAAGUGAAGUUAGCGACGAGGCAAUGCCAAUAUUAGGAAGACGGGCAACUAGAGAAAAAAUUAGUAGUGGAUCAAAAUAUUCUGAUGAUAGUGAUUCAGAUAUAGAUAUUUACAGGAAUGAUAGUCAGGUAAUGAAUAGUGAUAUAUCCAAUAUACGGGAUAAUUUGUUAAAUCAAGUGGAGUAUUUAUUACCAAACAAAUUGACUGCAGGUGAAAAAAAUUAUUUAUAUCAUUAUGUACAUUUGGAUUUGACUGAGGGUAUUUUGUUGUCCUCUCAUCCAAUUGAAACGUCAUCAAAAGACAACAAAAUUCUAAUAAAUUUUAACAAAUGUGUGCAUAUGAUACAUCGAUUAUUACAUAACACAAUACGUUUUAAAACAAUGUUAAAUCAAGAUAUGGAUAAAACUGUAAUCAACAAAAGUUUAAUUGCUAUUAAAGAACAUGGUAUUCUUUUUGAAUGGGAUAACACAACAUAUUGGGUAAUAGGACGAUUAUAUACAACUCCACAUCCAAAAGAGUUGUACGUAUGUUAUCAGGAUUCUGCUCCACAGAAUUUAGUUGAAAUAGCAUUUAGAUUAAAUUAAUUAUAGCUUUAGAUUAAAGUAAGUUUAAUAAUAAAUGUAUUAUAUUUUUCUUUUUAUAACAACAUAUGUUGUUCUAUAAAUAUUAAUUUACAUUA